AUGGUAGCCGAUAUCCUUGGGAGGUGGCAGCAAGUGAGCACAAAGAGGGCCUCAAUGACAGAGGCCUCUUCAUCUGAUGUCUCGCGGGAGCAAGAGCAAGAGCAGCAGCAAGACAUGAAAAGAGAAAGGUUGCAGUGUUUGCUUCGUCAGGAGGAAAGCCACUACCUCCUACAAGAGAACUACAUUCAUCCAUCUAAAGACGACAACCAGUCCGACAACAACAUGGUGGUUGUUCCGGCUUGUCCAGUUGCUGAGCAGUGUGCACGUGUUGUGUCGGACUUGGCCUUUUCGUCAAUUCCUCCCCACGAUGAUGGCUUCCAUGCCUACCCAUCGUCCAGUUGUGUAAAGGAACUUGCCGAUUCCCAGGUACAAUCCUCAAAGACAGCCGCACUAAAACCUUCCAUGCUGGUUGGCUUUUGGAGACAGCAAAUGCUGGACUGGUCGUACCUGGUCAUGGACAGCUUUGGCAUCGAUAGAGAGGUAGUCGCUGUCUCAUUUAACUUGCUGGAUCGGUAUGUGGCUGAAGAGAUGAAAUCGCCAAUCAAGAUAACGCGCGAAGACUUUCAGCUUUUCUCCAUGACAUCUCUCUUCAUUGGAGUCAAGCUAUUGGAAUCAUUCCCACGCAAACUGACAGCCAACGCUCUGGUGGAUAUGUCCCGUGGCUUUUACGCCAGUGAAGACAUUGUCCACACUGAAAAGGAGAUCUUGAAGACAUUGGGCUUCUACUUGAAUCCUACAACCACCAUUGGCUUUUGUCGACUUUACUGGGACAUGUUCCCGGCAUCAUCUUCAUCAUCGUCACCUUUCCCCUCGUUUGGAUUCAAAGCAAACUGUCAGUCCAUGGCAGAAGCUGCUCUCGCCGAUGACUUCUUCAUGACAAAGAAGCCCUCCACCAUCGCAUUGGCAGUGACUCUCAAAGCUGCUCGCAUUGAACGCUAUCAUGAUCGCACCGUCCAACGGUUCCUGGCAGAACUGUGCGGCAUCCUUGACGUCUGCAACAUUCACGAUUUUGACUCCAUCUACAAACGUCUCGAUGUCCUGUAUAACAAGUCGUAG